AUGAUGGAAUACGCACAAUAUCAACAACAACCACAAAGCGCGCAUUCGCAACCACAUAUUCAGACAGGUUACCCGAGCUCUGCAGGCGGCAAUAGCAUCACCUCUCCAGCUCACGGAGUUCAAACAUCCCCGAUACUCCCUUCUCAGCAUCAACAGCCCUCGCCCACGCAAACCCACAACAUGUAUCAAACUCAGUAUGCCAUGCCCCAGCACAACAUGCAAUAUGCUGUGCCGGGGAUCCAAGCAGCUGCCAUGGCCGCCACUGCUGCUGCUUCUGGAUCGUCAUAUCCCUACAUGUCCUCGGACCCAAGUCUGCAGCAGUCGCCAAGGAUGUCUGGUGUUAACCCCAAGAAGGAUGGCAGGACAGGCCCUCGUUCGCCUCAGCAGAUGAACAGCAUGCCGCAGCAAAGACGACUCAGCCAGGUUAACAGCCCGGGUGUUCCCAAUGCGCCAGCCAUGCUCAACCAUGCUGGCCCACGCUCUACCAUCCCGCCCCCGAUGACUGCGGCGCAGCAGAUGCCCCCGCCACAGUCCCCCGAAAUCGCUUCCGGAGCCGUUGAGGAGUCGCCAUUGUAUGUCAAUGCUAAGCAAUUCCACCGGAUCCUGAAGCGCAGAGUAGCCCGGCAAAGGUUAGAGGAAGCGCUGCGUCUUACCAGUAAGGGCCGCAGACCUUACCUCCACGAGUCUAGGCACAAUCAUGCCAUGCGGAGGCCCCGUGGACCCGGUGGGCGGUUCCUGACAGCCGACGAAGUGGCCCAGAUGGAAAAGGACAAGGCAAAUGGUGUCGAGACCAAGUUCGAGGACACGGCGACAAAGACAUCCACGGGUGCCUCGAAAAGAAAAUCAGACGGAGGCUCUGCGCCUGCGGCCAAAAAAGCGAAAAGAGCCAACUUGACUCCCGAAGACGAAGAAGACGAGGAGUGA